AUGGAGAACUCCGCAACUUCCAGCAGUGACUCUCAAAUGCCGUCGAAGAAAGUGAAUUCAAUGUCGAGGGUAGAUUCGGUGGAUAUUGGGGAGGUAGCUUCGAGCCCCGGGACCGCUGAACAUCCUUCCAAGUCGGACGAGACGGAGCUGAGCGCGGCUAUACAGCAAGCCGUGAAUCAUCGCCGAUUGAACCCGAGACAGAUACAACUUACGGCCAUAGCUGGGUCGAUUGGAGCUGCUCUAUUCGUUGGAAUCGGGUCCGGUGUCAUGUCGGGGCCGUUGUGCCUAUUCCUCGCAUUCAUCUUCUGGGCUUCUGUUGUCUUCUCCGUUGCCCAAUGCCAGACUGAGAUUGUCACUCUACUUCCCCUUGACGGGGCCUUUAUUCGUUUAGCAGGGCGAAUGGUUGAUCCUGCGCUAGGCGUUGCAGUUGGUUGGAAUCAUUUCUUCGCACAAACGUCCUAUGUCAUUUUCGAAGCGACGGUCAUCAAUACACUCGUCGAGUACUGGGGCUAUAACCAGUCGCCUGCCAUUUUGAUAUCGAUCUCACUGGUUCUCUACCUGGCGAUCAAUGUAUACCGAGCUGAUCUCUUUGGUGAAGCGGAGUUCUGGCUCGCGUUGGGCAAGAUACUGCUUGCUGCAGGUCUGAUCAUCUACACGAUCGUUGUUAUGCUUGGUGGAAACCCUAUGAACGAUCGCUUUGGCUUCCGGUACUGGAAAGAACCCGGAGUAUGGGCUGGCGCCGACCCAUCGAACCGCCUAAUGUCGUUUGUGAAUGCUGUCAAUGUCGCUGCCUUCUGUAUGGGAGGGCCGGAGUAUAUUUCCAUGAUUGCCGGAGAGUCAAGAGACCCUCGUCGGACGGUGCCUCGGGCGUUCAGCACUAUUAUGACUCGUCUGAUAGUUUUCUUCAUUGGGGGCUGUCUGUGCGUCGGGAUUCUAGUCCCGUCUGACGAUCAAACUCUGACCAACGGUUCUGAUACCUACGCAGGUGGAUCUCCAUAUGUGAUCUCGAUGCAACGCUUGAAAAUCCCAGUCCUGCCGUCCAUUGUAAAUGCUGCCUUGAUCACCUGCAUCGUCUCCGCCGGCAAUGCGUAUACUUUCAAUGCGUCGCGAAGUCUCCAUGCCCUUGCCCUAGACGGGCGAGCCCCGAAGUUCCUCCGGCGACUGAACAAGAGGGGCGUGCCCUACAUGGCGGUUAUCGUGGUGAUGCUUCUCUCUUGUCUGGCUUAUCUCGCACUCGGCUCUAGCAGUGCUAAAGUCUUGAAUUGGAUUCUCAAUUUUUGCACAGCUGCCACCAUGUUCAAUUGGACCGUCAUGUCCUUCACCUGGAUCCGCUUCAACGCAGCCCUAAAAGCCCAAGCCAUCGACAAGAAGAAUUUCCUCCCCAGCGUUUCCAGAUUCCAGCCCUAUGCCGGCUACUGGGCGUUUUUCUGGGCAUUUUUAUUCCUCUGGAUCCAAGGCUACGCUGUCUUUGUGAAAGGCAAUUGGGAAGUCUCAACCUUUAUCUUCAACUAUGGGAUUAUCGCUCUCGCCAGCAUCAUAGGCAUUGGAUGGAAGAUUUUCAAGAGAACGCCAUUUCACAAGAGCAUAGAUGUCGAUCUCGCUUCCGGGCUGGAGUUUUUCGAUGCGUUGACGGAGCAUUAUCGCCACGAGCGCGAGACCGCGCCGGUAACGGUGAAGGACAAGAUUAUGGCGAAGAUUUUCUAA